GGACCCAGGCGUCCCGCCGAAGGGUGCAGGGGGCUUCCCACGCUCACCGGGACCCCCGGGGAGCGUCGAAGGACCGAGCCGGGAGGAGAGAUGCAGGGAGGAGGUGGGACCUGAGAAGACAGCUCUUAGAGGGUGUCCAUUACGAGACAGAUGGCACAGACCCAUGCCCAGAAAGGACUACAGAUACCUGGCCUCACGUGGCUCCCUGCCUGCAGUGACACCAUUUUGAUCUUGGCCUCCGCUCUCGGUGGAAGCGCCAAGAGGCCAUGGCUUCCUACCGGCACAACCCAGAGGGUUGGCACCUCCGGCCCACUGGCGGGAUGGCAGAGCUGCUGGAGCCUGUGGCCUCAGCCCCCUGCGCCCCCCGGUCAUCCCCGCCGAGGUCCAUCAGCAGCCUGGACCACCUCCUGCAGCUCCCAGCCCGAGCAGACUCUGCCUACAGUUCCUUCUCCGGCAGCUCCAACGUGCCCGAGCACCCCACCCCUUCGCUGGGAGGCGAGCACGAUCGCCUGCCCUACAUUGACUCUGACUAUGUCCGUGUCAUUUACAACCCCAAAGCGGCCUGCUCGGAUCUUGGGGCCGAAUCGGUGGACCACGGCCGCCCCCUCCACCCAGCUGGUGUCUUGGGGCGGCCUGGAAUAAACUCCCCUUUGGGGCUGGGCAGUCAGCUCCCUUCCCCUCCUCCUCCUCCUCCUCCUCUUCCUCCUCCUUUCCCUCCAUCUCCUCCCUCUCGCCUGGACAGCUACAAAGCUCUCAAGGACUUGGAUCUCAACAGGCGGGCCCCUCCCCUGGGGAAUGGCACUGACUCCGUUGACCCCUGGGUUCCUGGCCCUUGCCCGGCCUCUUCCAUUGAGCCUGGCUACUCCUGUGACCUCUGGGACCCCUGGCAGAAGGGUGAGGGGGCAGCAGUAAUGGAGAGGGGAGACUGGGACCCUCUCUUGGAAGCCAACAAAAAAUGUAUCCAGCAGGUCCCCGCCUGGCCUUCCUCCUUCGUUUUUCUUGAGUACCUGCAGUCGAGGUCCCAGCCUAGGUCCCUCCCGCCGGGAGGUGCCCCGCCCCCAACUCGGGUGUCCCAAGGGCCAGUGGGCAUGGCUUCUCCGCAGCCCCUGGCCCCCAGCGGUGGCACAGAGAGCGAGUCAAGCAGCACCGUUGGCCAUGAAAAUCGGCCUCGCUGGGGAGGAAACAGCUUCCCAGACCUCGGGUUGGGGCUCGGACCGCAAGGGGACCUGCCCCCGGGACCCCACCUUUCAGAGCUGGCCCCGGCCCGGCACAGCAGCGGGGUCUCCCGGGGGCCGAGCCGCCCUCCGAGUGAUGAGUCGGUGCCCAAGGACCACGACCUGGACAGGAGGUCAAGCGUGGCCAGCUGGAGUCUGCAAGGCCACCCUGAGAGAGAGGGGAGUAGGUGGGGUGGACGAGCCCCACCCCCAAGACAACACAUGGAGAGCCUCCCUGAUCCUGGUGGAGCCAGCACGGUGAAACUUCUCGGGGACGGGCAGCUGGGUGGGUGGACAGACCUCCCUCCCUGCCCCGGAUCUGCCGAGGGCGGACUGGGCCAGGCCCCACUCAGGCUCUGGAGGGAGACCAUCAUGGGAGUCAGCAGACCAGACCCCUGUCCUUCCUCACAGCCAGAGGAAGCCUCGAAGGCUGCCCCUGGCCCGGCACCCCAGCCUCCGAGGGGACCAGUGGCCCGGGGCCCCCGGGACCGUCCCGGGGAGAAGAUAAGCAAGCAGGGGACCCCUCUACUCUAUUACCUCUCAGGGGGGAGGGUCUCGGGUCUGUUGAGCCCCGUGGAGCCACUGUCGAAGAGCCCACCCCAGACAACCCCAUCCAGCCCUAACCCCCCGGUCUCUGCUCCAAUCAAAAUCCGGGGGGAGGGCCGGCCACCACCUGUGGGAGCUGAGCUACAGUUGGAGAGUGGGGAGCCCCUCCUGGCCAGCCCCGCCUCCUCACUGGAAGAGGGCUUCAAGAUGGACUACAGGGAGCGGCUGAAGGUGGCCCAGAGGAAGGUCCUGAGGGAGACAUCCUUCAAGCGGAAGGACCUGCAGAUGAGCCUGCCCGUGCGGCUCCGGCCAAAGCCCUCUCAGAGGCCCUCGAUCGAACAUCUGCGCUCCUUCUCCCUGUCCCACACCCCGCGGGAGGGCCAGGCCAACCCGCCCGAUGUGGCACUGGAUGCCAGGGUCCAGGACGAGGCGGCCGGGCAACCCCAGGCUGGGUGCGGCGCAGGGAGGAAGAGGCUGACCAAGGAGCAGCGGAAGUGGUGCUUCUCAGAACCUGGGAAGCUGGACCAGGUGGGCCAGGGGGCAGGGGCCGCCGGGGACAACGGGAGGCCCUGGCCUGGCCCGCCAGGAGAGGAGGAGGCGGCGGCGGCGGCAGUGGCAGCAGAGGCCCGGGGGCCGUCUCUGGAGAAGCGCGGGAGGACGCUGUCGAGCUCCAGCCUCUCCAAGAUGGAGCUGAAGCAGAUCCAGCAGGAUGCCCUAAUGCGGUACAUGGUGCGGAAGGCCUGCCAGCACCCGUCCGGCUCCCAGCCCCCACCCGCACCCCUGCACAGGCCGCCCCCUCACAAGCGCCCCUCCACCGCCAGCAGGCUCUCAGAAGGCGGGUCGGCCGAGCCCGGGGGUCCCCGGAGAAGCCCCGGAGCUGAGGCCCUGAGUCCCACCCUCCCAGCAGCUGUCACAGCCCCAGGGGUUGGGCUACAUGGCCCUGUCUCACGCCCGACCCAGGAGCUGCUGAGGAAGGCCCAGCCCCUAGUGGGAAGGAUGGCAGAAGGCGGCCCUACCACCCAGUGGCCUUCAGCUGAAGAGCUCCUUGGUCCGGACACCCUGGCCUCUGGGAUGGCCCGAGAGAGAGCCAGGUCGAUCCCGUCGGCUCAGGUCUCACUCCGAGGCGCAGCACCCUCCGGCUGGGCAGGCUGGUCCAGGACACUCAGUUUCCCAGCAGAUAGCAGAGGGCGGCCCCCCUGUGGAGGAGAUGGAGCGGCAACGGAGGAGCCUGGGACCUCGGAAAUGGCUCACCAGAGCUCAGAGCUGCUUCCCCUUGCACGGUGCCGGUGCAGCCCACUGCCCUUUGCCCCCUCGAUGGGGAGGAAGACCGCCAUGGAGACCCCCUACAGCCAGCUCCCUGCCCCUCACACUGUGCCUUGGGGCCAGGAGAACCCUGAACCCCCCCGCGGGUCGGACGGAGCGGAGACGGUUGUCCCCAUGUCCACGAGACUACCCUGCACCAAGGCCGGGGAUGUUUCUUUCAGCUCGCAGUCCACCUGCCUUGGGGCUGGCCCCACCCCAGCCUCAGAGUGGCCUGUACCAAGCCCACCAGGCCCUCUUCUACUCUCCUCUCCCUCAUCCCCUGGACCAGAUGAUGUUUUCCUGAGAGACUCCCCGCCUGGCCAGAGCAGGCCGUCUGGAGAUGCCUCCUGCCCCUGGGCCCCCUACGUGGCAACGCUUCCUGCCUCCGCACCAACACCACAGUCUCCACCCGGGGCCUCUGGAGAGAAGCCAGGAACUGUUGAGCCCCAGACCAGCUUCUCUGGCCCUGAGGGCACUGAGUCCAAGCUUAGGGCAGAGAGAAGAAGAGAGGCUUUGAAGGAAGACGACCCUUGUUCUGCUGCCCCUGCUGUGCUCUGCCAGGCCUCUCCUCUGGAGGGGAGCCAGAAGAAGGAGAGGGAAACCGAGACCCAGGCCCCAGCCCACCAGCCUACGGGAAGAAGCCCCCAGCACUGGAGAGCUGAGCUCUCCCAGGAGCAGGUAGCAGAAAGCCCGAGUCGCUGCCCGGCUCAGCCCAACCGAGACAAGAACACGUCCCUGCCAGCCUUGCCCCCAGGACCCGCCGCCCGGGCCUCGCCAGGUCUGGAGCCCAGGGGAGAGUCACCCACGCUGGGGCUCCAGGAGCCCAGGAACCAACGAUACCAAGAGCUUGCUCUAGAGAUCAUUGCCGAAGACCAGUCUCUGACAGACAUCCUGUCCCCAUACCCUGCCCGGAAGACGGCUCUGGACCUUAUGGAAGGGCUGUUCCCAGACAGCUUCACCGCCCUGGGGAGAGGGGACAGGAAGCAAAGGGCGAGGCUAGGACAGGAGUUCCUUGCCACCACCGGAGGGGAGCAGAGCCCCGAUAGCCCCGCAACGGUAAUGGUGCCUGACGCUGAACAGGAUCCAGCCCCGGAGGCUGACCCGGCCCCCUCCGAUCCCCAGCGGUUCCAGCCGCCGAGCAAGGGGGCAGCAGCUUACCCUGAUGGCAUCACAGCUAAAAAGGUGGAGCUGGCGGGGCUCCUGCAAGACAAGCUGCACGGGCUGCGGGAGGAGCGGCGUUCGGCACUGGCGGCAGCAACAGCUUGUGCCCGCUGGGGGACGGAGCUGGACGAGCUGGUGCGCCACACCUGCAAGCCCAACGAGCACGAGCGCUAUGCUCAGUUCAUAGGCGACCUGGAGAAGGUGGUCAGUCUCCUGCUCUGCCUGUCCAGCCGCCUGGCCCGCGUGCAGAAUGCGCUGUCCAGGGUGGACGACAGCACAGACGCUGAGGAGCGGCAAUCGCUGAAUGACCGGCUCAGCCUCCUGUCCCGGCAGCGGGAGGAUGCCAAGGACCUGAAAGAAAACCUGGACCGGCGGGAACGGGUUGUCUGCGGCAUCCUGUCUAAGCAGCUGCCCCCCGCACAGCUGCAGGACUAUCGAGACUUUGUGCGGACCAAGGCUUCCUUGCUCAUGGAGCAGAAGGGCCUGGAUGAGCAGAUCAUGUUUUGUGAAGAGCAGCUGGAGAGUCUGCAAAGCAGCAUUCCCCUCUGACCCCCGGGCCGGCUCCUUCCGGACAGGUGCUGGCAGGACUCUGGGGGCACGGGGCCGGGGUGUGGGGCGUAGAGGUUGGCACUACCGAGGGAAGGCCCUCUGGCCUUCCCAGUUUCAGUUCACACCAAGCAGCCGGGGCCAUGGUGUUGACCAGCACUUGGUGGGUGAACCCUCCCCUCCCACCACCCCCCUGCCCCUGGAAUCUCCACAUCCCUGGUGAUAUCAGGGUAUUUCAGGUCUCGGGGUCCAGCCAGGGACCUGCUUCCCCUCUGCCUCUCUGCCCCUGCCUUUCCUUCCCACGGCUUCUCAGGAAGAAAAGGGAGAGUCCGACCUCAGGCCAGGGGGCUGAAGGGCCAGGGAACUUCGUAGGUGGUGUGUGAGGGGCAGACUGCGGGCAUUGUCAGGAAGCGUCCCCAGGGUCCAUCCCCAGCUCCCAGCUCCCAGCCUCGGGAUCCAGGAGACAGGAACUGGGAGCUCAGAACUGGGAUGAGAGAGGGAGGUGGGAGAGGGUGGUGUCUUCCUCUCCUGUCUUUCCGGCUUAGUCUCGGGACCAUCAGGCAGGCCGGACCACUAAGCAGGCCCGUGGAGUUGUGCUUAGAAAUCUUUUACCAUUUCAGUUGGUGGGUGGGGCUCCUAGGCUUUGGACCCCCUCCCCCCCAGGACAGCCCGCCCGAGGGGGAAGCAGGCAGGGCAGGGCAGGGCCCAGGGGCAGGUGAGACGGCUUCCUCUGUUGGAGCUGGUGCCCCUCCCAUCGGCCCUCAGGUAGCUUCCGGAUUCCAGACCAUCCAGGGACGGCCAGUCUGGCCCCAGCCCCAUGCAGCGGCCAUCUCUGCCCCAGUUGGAGCCAUUCCCUGGCAGGGCCGGCAGCUGGCCACCCACUUUCUUCCAGCCAGGGCUCUCCGGGGUCUCUUUCACCAAUUUAUUCUGUUUCUGUAACGUCAGUGAAACGUGCCCUCUCAUCUGGGGACAGUUAUGGGGACCACCAGGUCCCCUCCAGCCUCUCCUCUCUGGGUAAUAAUAAUAAUAAUGAUGACAUUU